AUGUCGAAAUCACAAGAGGUGGAGGCUUUUGGAUGGGCUUGCAGAGACCCAUCUGGUGUUCUCUCUCCAUUCAAGUUUUCAAGAAGGCGUGAGAUUGUGGGUGUAGUGACCGAAGUGGGCAAGAAGGUACAAAAGUUCAAAGUUGGGGACAAAGGGGGUGUGGGAUGCUUUGUGGGAUCAUGUCGGAAAUGCGAGAGUUGUGCUAACAACCUUGAAAAUCAUUGCCCUGACCAAAUGUCCAUAGGCACUCCCCCUUACAUUGAUGGAAUGAUAAUCCAUGGGGGANAUGUGGGAUCAUGUCGGAAAUGCGAGAGUUGUGCUAACAACCUUGAAAAUCAUUGCCCCGACCAAAUGUCCAUAGGCACUCCCCCUUACAUUGAUGGAAUGAUAAUCCAUGGGGGAUUCUCCGAUCACAUAGUCACUGACGAGCAUUUUGUGCUUCGUUGGCCUGACAACUUGCCUCUAGAUUCGGGCGCUCCUCUCCUCGGUGCCGGAAUCACAAUGUACAGUCCAUUGAAGUAUUUUGGACUCGACAAGCCUGGUAUGCACAUUGGGGUGGUGGGUCUCGGAGGACAUGGCCAUUUAGCUGUGAAAAUUAUAAAGGCUUUUGGAAGUAAAGUGACAGUGAUUAGUACCUCCCCUGAAAAAAAGGAGAGAGCUAUUAAAAGUCUUGGUGUUGACUCAUUUUUGGUCAGUAGUGACCCAGAUCAAAUGCAGAUUGCAUUGGGCACACUAGAUGGUAUCAUUGAUACCGUCCCUGCAGUUCAUCCUCUUCAACUUUUAAUUGACCUAUUAAAAACCGAUGGAAAGCUUGUUAUUAGCGGUGGACCAUUGGAGCCGCUAAAUCUGCCAGUUUGUUCUUUGAUUCUCGGUCGAAAAAUAGUGGCUGGGACCGACUUGGGUGGGUUGAAAGAGACGCAAGAGAUGCUUGAUUUUGCAGCAAAACACAAUAUUACAGCAGAUGUGGAGGUUAUUCCUAUAGACUAUGUGAACACGGCAAUGAAGCGUCUUGAGAAAGGCGAUGUUCAAUUCCGAUUUGUUCUAGAUGUGGCAAACACAUUGAAGACUACUUAAUGUGAACAUUGAUGGUGAUCAUGGUUGUUCUUCUUCGAUCAUGUUUGAGUUGUUUAGUAUUGAUUUCGAUCAGAGGGUGACCACAAGAAGUUUGAUGUGUUGAUUUGAAUCUGUGUAAUUUUUUUCUUGCCAAGAGUGUUGUCUACUUUUUUUAAACUUCAUGUUGAUUUGAUAUAUGGUCUAAAUCAGCUGGGGGAAG